GGAGCAGAAGGAGAAAGUAAUCAUCAUCAUCAGCAAAAACAAAUCCAACCCUUGGAACCGCGCAGAUCGCACCCGUUGAUCAAGAUGUUGUACAGCAAGCUCCUGACGCUCACCACCCUCCUCCUCCCCACCGCCCUCGCCCUCCCAUCUCUCACCGAGCGCGCCUGCGACUAUACCUGCGGCAGCAACUGCUACUCCUCCUCCGCCGUUUCCACCGCCCAGGAUGCCGGUUACAAACUGCAGCAGUCCGGCGAAACCGUCGGCAGCAACAACUACCCUCACAAGUACAACAACUACGAGGGUUUCGACUUCCCUGUAUCGUCCCCGUACUAUGAGUGGCCGAUCCUGAGCUCCGGAUCGACCUACAACGGCGGUUCUCCUGGUGCGGACCGCGUGGUGUUCAACGAUAACAACCAGUUGGCUGGUUUGAUUACCCACACCGGAGCUAGUGGCAACAACUUCGUCGCUUGUACUUAAAUCGGAGUGAGUGUGGUAUUAUAUAUAUUGUGACAAAAUGGACUGUGUGGUUUGGUCCGGAUUGGAUGUAUAUAUUUUCCAGUAGG